UUGUACAAAUUUGGAGACCGUCGAAGUCCUCGUCCUACGCACACCUACGCGCUGCCGCUCCACCGUCGCCCGCUGUCGCCGUCGCCCUCAGUCCGCCGCUCUACCGGAGCCAAUGCAAUCGGCAAGUCACUGAAAUUCUCCAUUCUUCUCUCACUUCUAAUACCCACUCAAGAAUCCUAUUUUCUCCUCCGCAUUUUGAACGGGAGCUUACAAGCCCUAGAGUCGUUAAAGAACCAGAUUUCUCUCUAUUUCAAUCACUUUGUUUGUCCCAAAUCCAGCUUAGACCUGAUUGAAUUCAGGACCAUAGGCAGCGAUCGAGACGAGAAGAGGGAAGCUUCCGAUGGCGAAGAAGAGCCGAGAGCCGCAGUUUUCAACGCAUUGGAUGCAAUGUUAAAGGGAAAUUUGGAUCGUUUGAAAAAAAUGAGGGAAAGCAUAGGUUGGGGGAGUACUCGUAGUAAUGAGGCAAUCUUGGAAAUGAAAUACGAGUUCGAUAUAGCUAUGAUAAAAGUUUUGUGUUUGGAAGGUAAACUCGGAGCAGCCUUUUCCCUUUGGGAGACGUUGGUUAAACAUCAUAGGAUUACCGAUGUUAUUACUUACAAUUACCUCUUAAACGCGCUUUCUAAUAAUGGUUACAUUGAGAGGGCCGAGUGGCUUUUCAAAGAGAUGUCACUCCACGGCCCUUAUCCUACUUGCGCCACAUACAACACGUUGAUGAAAGGCUAUUGCCUCGCGCAAAAAGUAGACAAAGCUCUAGAUAUUUUCUAUACCAUGGCUAGUAAUGGGGUGAGGCCAAACAGAGUCUCGUGUAAUAUACUCUUGCACGCUCUUUGCAAGGAGGGGCUAAUGGAGAAUGCGAGGAAGCUUCUCACGAAAAUAUUGGACGAAGAAGAAUCUGAAGGGGAAAGCUCGAGUUUAAUCACCUCGACUAUACUCAUGGAUAGUUAUUUCAAAACCGGGAAAACGGGCGAAGCUCUCGCUUGUUGGGAUGAUGAGUUCGAGAGGGGCACGAAUGCCGAUAUUGUUGCGUACAACGUUGUUGUUCACGGGCUCUGUCUGAAUCGGGACUUAUGCCAGGUGUACAAAUCUUUGUCCGAGAUGUUCAAAAGUGGUUACCUUCUGGACAUAUUUACUUUCAAUACCCUUUUGGGAAAGCUCUGCAAAUCGGGCCAGGCGAACGAGGCUUGUUAUGUUUUUAAUGUUAUGCAGAGGAUGGGUGUUUUUCCCGAUAGCAUCACGUACAAAAUUAUUAUCCGAGGUUUGUGUAUUAGUGGGAAUGUGGUAAGGGCUCACCGUUUUCUUCUGCAAAUGCUGGAAAACUCGUUUUUACCCGAACCUCUCGUUUGGAAUGUCGUUAUUAAUGGCUACGGGAAAUAUGGAGAGUUACAAGAUGCAUUGUCCGUGAGAGAUAAAAUGGUCGAGUUUGGAAUCGUGCCUAAUGUGUACACGUAUAAUGCUCUGAUUUACGCGCAUAUAAGAAAUGGAGAUUUGGAAAAGGCUCAUUAUCUGAAGAGAGAGAUUUUUUGGGCUGGGCUCUGGCCCGAUUUGGUCACUUACAAUUUGUUGAUUGGGGCUGCGUGUGAAAUGGGCCACAUAAAUUCGGCUCUCGAGCUGCAUGACGAGAUGCUGAGGAGAGGGUGCAAACCGGAUAUAAUCACAUAUACCGAAUUAUUAAAGUGUUACUGCAUGCGGGGAAAAAUCGAGGAGGCGGAUCGACUCUUUUUCAAUAUAUGGAAUUCAGGUUUGCCGAUCGACCAUGUGCCAGUUGUGAUACUGAUGAAGAAAUUUUUCAGGAUGGGGCAGCUGGAUAAAGUGUUUGACCUUUAUCAGUUGUGGUCGAGAAUUGAAAAUCGAGAAGUCUAUUGAUUGUGAGACACUCUCACACGAGUAUUGAUGGUGAUUUAAUGAGAUGUGUGGCGAGCUCUGGAUCUUGCUCUUGGGGCUUAAGUUCAAGAUGAUCCAGUUGGGGCAGAAAGAUCUUAUGGUUUGACGUGUGUACAUAUAACUUUACCUACCAUUGGAGUUCUACGUUUCGACGAUUGUACCAAUGAAAGAUGACGAUGAAAAGAGUUCUACACAGCUUUUCGCGAUUACAAAUGCAAAAUGCGAUCGAUAGAAAGAACGAACUUACAAGGCAGCUGUCAUAUCAAGAGAGCUUGCAAUGGAGUUUGAUGAAAAUCCGGUCGGGUGGGCAGUUGAAAGCUGUUACAAUAUUUUUUUUGGCUGUUAGAGUUUAUUAUUUAUUUAUUUAUUUAUUU